AUGAGCUUGGAAAGAAUAACUUCUUUUUGCUUUUCAGUGGGCUAUUUAUACGAAUCCAAUAUUUUCGAAGGAAGGUUUUCCGAAAGAACUUUAGAACUUGUAGCUGUUAGGAGUGCAGAACAAGGUUACCCUAGAUCUCGUCUACCAGACUUUACCGAGGAAGAGAAGAAAUACAUUCAUGGAACGAGUGAUUUCUACGGCUUCAACCAUUAUGGCGGCGGAUAUGUAUCUUUUUAUCUUUAUAAUGGAGGGGGUAUCGCUAUCCUCUCAAUGCAAGACGACAUCAGAGUUGGAAUGGAAGUAUCUAGUGACUGGCCGACCGAUCCUGAUCCAAAGCGCAGGCCGAAAAAAUCUGCAUUUAUUUCUAAACAAAUUAUCAAGACUCGAGAAGUAGAUCCACAGUAUGAACCCGACAACUAUGUUAUGACUAUUAAUUAA